AAUAUGAGAAACGUGCGUAGUGCGCGUUCUCAUUGAAAGCUUAAGACAUUUAGUUAAAGUAUACUUAGUUAUACAUGUAUGUGAGAAGUCGCGUGUAUUCCGUUUAGUGUCAGUGUUGUUUUGGUUAUGGCGCUUUAUAUAAAGGCAGCAGAGAUUCUUGAUAAAGUUGAGCAGAAAAAGGGAGCUGUGAAAACCUUAGUGUAUGAGAGUAAAUAUCAAAAUAUCAAGCAACUAUUUGCACUCGUGUGUGAGACACAGAAAUACUCAUCGGUUCUGCUGGAGAUCAUCAAGAGCACCAGCUUUCUGAAAGAAACAAAACUCCGGAUUCACUUGGCAAAGGUCCUUGUGUAUGACCUGCUCAUUGGACGUGGGGUGAAAUGUGGAGGCGCCUGGAAGGUGAUGAUGUUGAAGCAUCGCUCCAGACUACAAGCUGCUCUGGCAAGAAUCAAAAUCAAAAAGAAAGUCAGUCUAAACGUGGACCUGCUGCCUACACAUUUCAAGCUGUCUAAGGAUAAUGUCAUCCCACGCUAUGUGCGAGUGAACACGUUGAAAACAACUCUUGAUGAUGUCAUUGACUACUUGAAGAGGGAGGGAUUCACAUAUCAGGGAACUGCAAACCGGCUGCAAGACCUUGAUCAUCUGUCUGGGAAGACCUUUCUCUGUGAUCUUCAUCUCAAAGAUCUUCUGGCUUUCAGUCCAAAGACAGACUUUCACGAUCACUUCCUUUAUAAAGCUGGCCAUGUUAUAUUGCAGGACAAGGCCAGUUGCCUUCCUGCUUUCCUAUUGAACCCCCCUGUUGGUAGCCAUGUUAUCGAUGCCUGUGCAGCCCCUGGGAACAAAACCAGUCAUCUAGCUGCCAUAAUGAAAAAUAAAGGGAAGUUGUUCGCCUUUGAUCUUGAUGCAAAACGCCUGUCCACCAUGAGCACUCUUCUCCUUCGAGCUGGGGUCACGUGUCAUCAGCUGGCCAAUCAGGAUUUUCUGAAAGUUGAUCCACAAAGCUCAGAGUACAAGGAAGUGGAGUAUAUCCUUUUAGACCCCUCUUGCAGUGGAUCAGGGAUGGUGUGUCUGAGAGAUGAGAUUUCAGAGCCGCAGGAAGAUUUGCGUCUGCAGGCACUGGCUGCAUUUCAGUUGCGCUGUCUCAAUCACGCAAUACAGUUCCCACAAGUACAGCGCAUCGUCUACUCUACCUGCUCCAUUCACUUGCAGGAGAACGAGGAAGUGGUGUCGGCCUGCCUACAGCAGAACCCUGGAUUCAGACUAGUCCAUCUUCUUCCAAACUGGCUGGAGAGGGGUCAUGACCCUUUCAAGCAAUGCCUUCGUGCUAGCACAACAAAAACACGGACUCAUGGGUUCUUUGUGGCCAUGCUGGAGAAAUGUCCCCCGCAGACUGAUGCAGAGCGCACCCGGAUUAUCACAACACUGCCUACUGCUGGUGAGGAAAAGCAGGACACAGAGCAACCUUGUCAACCUGAUGAGGAACAAGGAAAUGGAGAGAAUGCAACCUCAGAGCAACCUACAAAUCCUAGCUCAAAGAAGAAGAGGAGGAGAAGUAGAAAGAAGCACAAAAAGCAAGACUCUUGAAGUUAUAGAGGACUUUUAUGUUAAAGGGAUAUUCCAGGUUCAGUACAGUUAAGCUCAAUCGACAGCAUUUGUGGCAUAAUGUUGAUAACCACAAACAUUUUGACUUGCCCAUACUUUAAAUAAAGCAAAAAUCUGGGUUACAGUGAGGCACUUGCAAUGGAUGUGAAUGGGGCAAAUUAUAAACAUUAAAAUACUUGUGGUUUCAAAAGGAUAGCCACAAGGCAUAAAUAAUAUGCUCGUUAACAUAAUUUUUGGUUUGUUGCUAUGACAACAUAAUGCUGCAAUCAUUAAAAUGAUGAUUACAAAUUACCGUAAUGAGGAUUUAAACAGCUUUACAGCUCAAAUAAUACAGAAGUUUUAGCAGAAGUAAAUGCUUUGCAUAAAAUUAUAAGCUUCACGUUUCUGUCUUUAAAGGGAUAUUUCACCCAAAAAUGAAAAUUCUUAUUUGCUCACCCUCAUAUCAUCCCAUGUGUAUAAUGUUCUUCUGCAGGACACACUUGAAAAUUUUUAGACUACUAUCUCAGCUUCAUCGGUCCUCAAAAUGCAAGUGGAUGAUGGCCAGAAUUUUGAAGGUCCAAUAAUCACUCCAGUGGUUUAAUCCAUGUCUUCUGAAGCGAUAAAAUCGGUUUUGAGUGAGAGCAGACCAAAAUAUAACUCCUUUUCCACUGUAUAUCUUGCUGUUGCAGUCUAUAGGCAGGAUCGUGAUUUCAUGAGUGCUAGAUAGCUCCAGGUAGUGUUACUGAGCUUGAAAUCACGAUCACCAAAGAGACUGGUAUCAGGAUUUAAAGUGAAAAAGGAGUUAUGUUUACAUCUUACUGUCCCUUUAAACCCUCCACAAGUUGGCCCCAUUUACUUCUAUUGCUUUACUGUAACCUUGAUUUUUCCUUUUUUAUUUUAAGAAACAGAUUCUAAACAAUUUUAUUUUUAUUGAGCUAAAUGUAAAUUUAAAUAGCAAAUUUUUAUUUGACUUUUAUUGAAACCGAAAUAUUCCUUUGGGAUGACAAAACAGCCUUUUUGUUUUGAACUACCAUUGCUGGAUUCUGAUGUAUAUAGCUCAAUAUUUCCAGAGCUUUUAAUGAAAUGUAUUAAACGCAAUUUAAAGAUUUUGAAUAUAA